AUGGAUAACCGAGGAAAUAUACUGAUGCAAAGAUACGAGUUGGGCCGAUUACUAGGUCAAGGCACCUUCGGGAAAGUCUACUAUGCCAGAAGUGUCCAGACAGGCCAGAGUGUGGCCAUCAAAGUUAUCGACAAGGACAAGAUAACCCGAGUCGGGAUUAUCAACCAAAUCAAACGUGAAAUCUCUAUAAUGAGGCUCGUCCGCCACCCAAACAUCGUUUACCUGCACGAGGUCAUGGCCACGAAAACAAAGAUAUACUUCGUGAUGGAGUAUGCCAAGGGAGGCGAGCUUUUUGACAAGCUGUCCAGGGGCAAGCUUAAAGAGGACGUGGCUCGAAAAUACUUCCGACAGCUGAUUAACGCUGUCGACUUCUGCCACAGUAGGGGCGUUUACCACCGGGACCUGAAGCCGGAGAAUCUUUUGUUGGAUGAGAAUGAGAAUCUGAAGGUGUCCGAUUUUGGGCUGAGUGCCCUGGCCGAGUCAAGACGGGCUGACGGGCUUUUGCACACCACGUGUGGGACCCCUGCCUACGUGGCACCUGAGGUGCUCGAUAGGAAAGGGUAUAAUGGUACAAUGUCCGACGUUUGGUCGUGCGGGGUCAUCCUUUUCGUCAUGCUGGCGGGGUACCUCCCAUUUCAUGACACGAAUCUGAUGGAGCUGUACAGGAAGAUCGGAAAAGGUGAGGUUAAGUUCCCGAGGUGGUUCUCCCCUGAGGCCCGGAGGCUGAUAUCGAGAAUACUUGAUCCGAACCCGAAUACGCGAAUCACGAUCGCGAGAAUCCGUACGAGCACUUGGUUCAGACGAGGACUGUCAGUGAAUGAUUUUUCGGAAAAUAAUGGGACGAGUAAUAUCGGUUCUGAGUCGCAAGAGGUCCCCAGGAUAUCAAAUUUGAAUGCGUUUGAUAUAAUAUCACAGUCGAAUGGGUUUCGUCUCUCGAGAUUGUUCGAGGAAUCUUGUAGGAGUAAAGAAAUGAGAUAUGUUUCGUGGAGGCCCGUGAAUGUCAUAAUUUCCAAGCUGGAAGAGAUUGCCAGGCGUAUGAAGCUGAGGCUUAACAAAAAGGACGGGGGACUGUUUAGGUUCGAGGGAUUGAAGGAAGGUAGGAAAGGAGUGUUGUCGGUUGAUGCCGAGAUAUUUUCGCUCGCGCAUGGUCUACAUAUGGUCGAGGUCCGGAAGAAUAGUGGGGACACGUCGGAGUACGAAAAGAUGUUGGAUGAAGGUAUAAGGCCCGGUCUUGCUGAAAUUGUUUGGCAUUCGCAGGAUGGGCCUCGGGCCCAGCAGGAGGAGCUGCCCGAACAGGUGCGGGAUCAAGUUACUUGA